GAGAGAGGAUUAAUGUGACAGAAUAAAUAAUAUAGAUAAGAUAUUUCUUAUCUCGCACGAUUUUUUCCUUAUAAUGAUAGUGCAGUAGUUAUCACAAUGAUAAAAUUGUAGGAAAAAUAUCUAGAAAAGAUAAACGUGUAAGAAUUGUAGAAAUAAAGUAUCGCGGUACCAAGGCAACUUUCACGCCUGGAGACGGCUCCACAUCCAAUUCUCAAUAUCGAUUUUACCGACCGACGAUAUAGACGUUUUCAUAAUAAUCGAUUUGCAACCAGUUGCAACCAGGAAGCAGACGGAAACACUGUGCUAUCGGGUUUUGACGUCGGUUUGUACUUUAAAUAGAUACAUGUGCACGUAGCCAAAGGCAUCACGUCCCGAGCAAAGUUCAAAUGUGAUUAUUCCGUUUAUUUUGUAAGCCCCGCAAGUCGAACGUCAAUUACAGAUAACAAUUACGAUGCAGUGCUUGAGAUUAUUCGCAAAUGUCCACAAUGCGUCCAGAGGGGCAGGCAUUGUCAGCCGACACAUCGCCUCGCUCUCUGUCUUGCCGGAGACCCACCAAAUGCUGUACAAAACAUGCAGAGACUUCGCCGAGCAGGAAUUAAAGCCCGUCGCAGCGGAGAUAGACAAGAAGCACCUCUUCCCCAAGGAACAAAUCAAGAAGAUGGGCGACCUGGGCCUCAUGGGUCUGUACAUGCCCGAGGCAUUGGGUGGCACAGGACUGGAUUACCUGGCUUACGCUAUCGCCAUGGAGGAGAUCUCUAGAGGCUGCGCAAGUGCCGGAGUCGUGAUGAGCGCUCACAAUUCGCUGUUUCUGGGACCUGUCGAGAAAUUUGGAAACAACAAGCAGAAAGAGAAGUACAUCAAGCCGUUCAUGAAUGGCGAGAACAUCGGUUGCUUCGCACUCAGUGAACCAGGCAACGGAUCUGACGCUGGUGCCGCGUCCACGACGGCCAAGUUGGACGGCAGCGCCUACACAAUCAACGGCACCAAGUCGUGGAUAACGAACGGGUUCGAGGCGAAGGCGAUAGUCCUGUUCGCGACGACGGACAAGUCCAAGAAGCACAAGGGUAUCAGCGCCUUCAUAGUGGACAGUCCAACGGCGGGUCUGAGUCUGGGCAAGAAGGAGGACAAGUUGGGUAUACGAGGCAGCAGCACCUGCUCCCUCAUCUUCGAGGACGCUAAAGUAACGAGCGAGAACCUCCUGGGCGAGCCCGGAAUGGGUUUCAAGAUCGCGAUGAUGGCCCUAGACGCCGGCAGGAUCGGGAUCGCUGGACAGGCGUUGGGCAUCGCUCAAGCGUCCCUCGACUGCGCGAUAGAGUACGCUGCGAAACGCCAGGCGUUCGGCAAGUCGAUCCUUAAACUGCAGGCGAUCCAGCAGAAGAUCGCUGACAUGGCACUGAAACUGGAGGCCUCGAGGCUGCUGACGUGGCGAGCGGCUCAGCUCAAGGAUACCGGUAAACCGUUCACGAAGGAAGCUGCUAUGGCUAAGCUGUCCGCGUCCGAGACCGCGACGUUCUGCGCUCACCAGUGUAUACAGAUUCUGGGUGGGAUGGGAUACGUGUCGGACAUGCCGGCAGAACGUUACUACAGGGACGCGCGUAUUACAGAGAUCUACGAAGGCACGUCGGAAAUUCAAAGGCUCGUGAUCGCCGGAAAUCUCAUCAAAGAAUACGGUCUCAAUUAGAGAUCGCGCGACUCGUACACGUAAGAUAAUAAUAAUAUCUCGAUAACUCUUCCUUUAUACCUAAAGCAAAAUAUAUUUUAUACGUAAUACUGCAUCUAUGUAGACUGUAUAUAUAUAUAUAUAUAUAUCGAUAUAUAUAUUUUUCUAUGAAGAGAGAAGAAUCGAAAUAAAUCUCAUAUACUAUGC